UUAGCCCUAAGCUAUUGAGGCGGUGGAUUGUGGAUUACAACGAUCGGUAUUGGUAUUGUUCAUUUGUCAAAGAAAAAGAGACAGACAACAAAAUACAAUGAUGUCGAUGACUUGUUUACGUUGUGUUAACCCCAUGAACUACAACAGAGUUCUUGUGCCGAUAUUUAACAUUGCCAGUGGGUCUGCUAAAGAUUUCUCUUCGCUGCCUGUUAAAGUCGAGUGUUCUCCACAGAGAUCUGGAGUUUUGUGCAAAAGUGAAACAAACGUCAGCCAGUCUAGAACUUUGUUCUCCAGCACGCCGGCAUUCAAUACAAAAAUGUCUGGAAAUUCGAAACUUUUGAUGUCGUCUAUCAAUGAAAUUGAUACGGAAUUAUUGGAAUUGAUCAAACAUGAAAAGGGACGCCAGACUAAAAGUCUUGAGAUGAUUGCCAGUGAAAAUUUCACCUCAUUGUCGGUUUUGGAAUGCCUGGGCUCAUGUUUGCAUAACAAAUACUCGGAAGGUUUACCUGGAAAACGUUAUUAUGGUGGCAAUCAGUUCAUUGAUAAAGUCGAAGUUCUUGCCCAAAAACGUGCUUUGGAAACCUUCAACCUCAAUCCCGAGGAAUGGGGUGUUAAUGUACAGCCCUAUUCAGGCUCACCGGCUAACUUUGCCGUCUACACUGGUCUGCUGCAGCCCCAUGAUCGCAUUAUGGGUUUGGACUUGCCCGAUGGUGGACAUUUGACUCAUGGUUUUAUGACACCUACCAAACGUAUUUCGGCCACAUCGAUCUUUUUUGAAUCUAUGCCCUAUAAGGUGGAUGCCAAAACCGGCUUAAUCGAUUAUGAGGGUUUGGAGGCUAAUGCUAAACUGUUCAAGCCAAGAGUUAUUAUUGCUGGUGUGUCUUGUUAUUCACGUUGCCUGGACUAUGCUCGUUUCCGCAAGGUGUGCGAUGCUAAUGAUUCCUAUUUGUUUGCUGAUAUGGCCCACGUUGCUGGUUUGGUGGCAGCUGGUUUGAUUCCAUCUCCGUUCGAGUAUGCCGAUGUUGUGAGCACCACCACUCACAAGACGUUGAGAGGUCCUCGCGCCGGUGUUAUCUUCUUCCGCAAGGGUGUGCGUAAGGUCAAGCCCAACGGUGAGAAGGUUAUGUACGAUUUGGAGGAACGUAUCAACAAUGCUGUGUUCCCAGGAUUACAGGGCGGUCCCCACAACAACACCAUUGCCGGUAUUGCUACUGCCUUCAAACAAGCCAAGUCUCCCGAAUUCAAAGAAUAUCAAGCACAAGUUAUUGCCAAUGCCCGUCGUCUGUGCGAUGGCUUAAUGAAGAAGGGUUACAACAUUGCCACUGGUGGCACUGAUGUUCAUUUGGUUUUGGUUGACUUGCGUAAUGUUGGUCUAUCUGGUUCUCGUGCCGAAUAUGUUUUGGAAGAGGUCAAUAUUGCCUGCAACAAGAACACUGUGCCUGGCGACAAAUCCGCCAUGAAUCCUUCCGGCAUUCGUUUGGGUACCCCCGCCUUAACCACUCGUGGUUUGGUUGAAACCGAUAUCGAUUCUGUGGUCGAUUACAUUGAUGCUGCCUUAAAGAUUGCCGGUGAAGCUGUCAAAUUAUCGGGACCCAAAUUGGUGGACUUCCAUAAAACAGUGCAUGAGAAUGCCGAUAUUCAGAAGAAAAUUGUCGCUUUACGCACUGACAUUGAAAAGUUCAGUGAGAAGUUCCCACUGCCUGGUUUUGCUGAGAUCUAAGCAAUGAAUAUUUAAGCCUUGUUUUGUUUAUUAUUAACAAAAAAAUAAUUUCCUUUUAGAUUUAAGACAAAACUAAAAACAAAAUUCAUGACAAAUGAAAUAAAAACAGAAUUUUUUAUAUUAAAAAUA